AUGAAGCAGCCCGACGACUCUGGCCCAACUGCAACUGGACCACAAUCGGCUCGACCUCGGGCUUCCCUCUCUGUUUCUGCCUCUGCCUCCCAUAAUCCGCGACGGCUUCCUGUCAAUCCCCGCCGGCACAAGGUUGCUCCCGAGCAUCGCAAGCGUGUCGCUACAGCAUGCUCUGGUGAGCACCCGUGUCGCCAAUGCCAAUCCUCUUCACGCGAUUGCAUAUACCCUCUACCUGUUGAGAAGGUGAGCAUCACGCGCUCAGAGCUCGAGGAUUUGAAACACAAGGUCGAGCUCUAUGAACGUGUUCUUCGAGAUACUGUCCCAGCAGCUGUAUCAAACGCCGUCCCGGAUUCUGCAAGCCGCCAAGAACUUUCAGAUUUGCUUGGUUGGACCGCCUCUAACCAUGAAAUUGGAUCAUCGGCCGUUAGUCUAGCGGCACAGACAACGCCAACGAUAGAUGCAACAACGCAUAUCGGGCGAGUGCCUCCUGAGCUUCCUCAGCUCCAGUAUCCCAGUAUACAUCGACAAUUCCAGCAACAGCCGCCUCAUCUUCAUCUCCAACCUCAGCUAUCAGACACUCGAAUACAGGAACCCAGCUAUGGAUUAUCUCGAACACAUUCUAUCCAGCUCUCACAUCCCGGGGCGACGCCUCAAAAUCGGCAGGAUGACGAGGAGAACUUGGUCUCAACCGAGGGUCGCCUUUUACAUGACCCUGACGGCUAUGCUCGUUUUCUGGGUGAGACCAGCGGCGCAACUUUCCUCGACUACUUGAAGGAAUUCAUGACUACAGUUCUGCCUCUUGCGUAUCAAAAUCUGCGUCCAGGUUCUGACGGAAGUGCGUUUUUAUCAAGUCUUGGUCGUUACCAGACCUACGACUCGCGACCUUUGCAUGAUCGAGACGUUGACCCGACAUGGUUUCCUACACCCUCAGAGAUGGACUCAAUGUUGUCCGAGCUUCGUUACUUCAUCCAAGACGGUAACUGCCAAUGGCCAAGUGGAGGAAUCUACUGGUGGGGGGAUCUCUCUUCAACACCGACAGUACCAUCCAUGGAACGAGACUCGGUAAACUUACGUCUCACCAAAUGCCGUCACUUGGCUUUCUAUCAGACUGCAUUUGCUGUGGUAUCUCAAGCCAUGAUCAUGCCGCCUCAGGAUAUCUCUAUAGACCCUCAUCUCAGUGAGAACUACUUCAGUCGGGCCCGUAUGCUCCUCGGGAACCCGCUUGACAUUACACGCUUUACGCCCAACGAAGUAUCGGUAUUGACAUUAAUGGGGUUCUACCUGAUAGAGAUGAACCGCCGUGAUGCCGCAUAUAUUUGCGUGAGCAACGCUAUGCACAUCAGCAUCAUGCACGGCGCACAUAGGGGCUGGCUUGACGAGAGUGGCAAACGCGUAUUCUGGACGCUUUAUGUACUGGAUCGCUAUUUAAGCUGCCUCAUGGGGAGACCCCCGACCAUCAUGGACGACGCAAUUCGGUUACCCCUUCCUUGCGAUGCUCCGUCUAUGCCUCCAGCAGAUGGUCUCAAAGCUCAUGUCGAGCUUUCGAGGAUAUCAUGCCAUAUCGUGUGCAAUACGUAUCGCAUUUCCCCCUCAGAAGACGCCCUCGCUCGACAGAUUCUACUUGUCAAUCAUCCUCGAAAGCUGCUCCAAGCCGGUCUUCACUUCAUUUUUAACGCUGCCAUAGUAUUGAUGUUACAGCAGCUGGUAGAGGAUCUGUGCCCGUCUUCUCGAAGUGAGAAGGCUCGUUCACUUGACCUCGACUUUGUGAUUGGGAGGUUCGAGGAUGAGAGUCGAGUUGGUAGCAACUACGGCCGGGACUGUGCUACGGUGCUUCGGGAUCUUCGCGUUCUUGUGCAGCGUCUUCCUAUCCCAGUUGACAUGAGCACUGCAACACGUUCCGUCAACAUGACACAGACUACGACCACCUACGAUCCGAUCGCAAAUCGAUCGCAUGUUGACAUGGGACAGCAAUGGUCAGAUAAGCUGACAUCAGAGGCACUUCAGCAGCCUAUCCUUGUUGAUCAGGGCCACAUAUUAUAUAAUGAGUUGGUUUCGUGGAUUGAUGUCGAUUGGCAAUCUAAUAAUGGUCUUUCGUCACGAAUGGCACCUCUCAAGCACAGAGAGGUCGCGACGAGCUUCAUCUUCAGAUUCCCCGCUGACGGUGAGGCAAAGAAACCCCAGGUUGCUCUCUUCCGCCGGAGUAGUCACGUAAACACAUAUCAGCACAAAUAUGCAGGCAUUUCUGGAAGUGUAGAUGACACUGACGCGGAUCCUCUUACCACAGCCUGGAGGGAACUCGCUGAGGAAACAACUCUUACGCAUGACUCUUUACGCCUUUUUCGGAAGGGCAAACCAUUCUCGUUCGCUGAUGAGUCUAUUGGAAGAGAGUGGACUGUUAACCCUUUCGGUUUUCUUCUCAAAUCCGAGAGCGACGGUGGCUGCGGUGAGGCUGGCAUCAAAAUUGACUGGGAGCAUGAGGGGUACGAAUGGUUCGAUCCAGAUGCAAUCAACGAUUCAGAUGACUUUGAAGGUGUUCCGCGCAUCCUAGAGAGUCUUAGAAGGGUAUGGCUCAACGUUGACUUGGGCCAAGAGGCAGGCAACACGCUUAGCCGGGGCUUGGUCGCUCUGCAGGAAGAUCACGAAAGCGGAGCGCGCCAGCUAGCCACCAAGGCUCUCGAUACAUACAUCGAUGUUAUGAAGAAAGUCGAUUUCACUGACCAAGUUCAGUGGUGGAUCAAUAUCAGGUUUGCGGGAUGGCACCUCUGGAAGAACGGGCGAGAAAGUAUGGGCGCGUCUAUCUUGAACGUUGUUCUAUCAGCUUUGGACAUAGUUCAAGACGGAAUCCCACCCCGCGGCCCACCAGAUAAGAGCUCGAUCGAUAAUAUCGUCAGAGCCUUGGGGGAUUACGCCCGCGACCGGCAGAAUACCACUUCAAGAACGGGCGCGGUGUUCCAGACUUUCAUAGAGCAGCAUCUGUCGGGAGGCGGGCCACUCAAGAUCCUUACCCUCUCCUCUAGCUCAACUAUCGCCUCGGCCAUUACCCACAUUAUGGGAAAUACUUCGCGACCUGUGGAGGUUCAUGUGCUCGAAUCCCGACCACUCUUCGAAGGUGUCAAGAUGGCACAGUCUAUUGCUUCAUGUGCCAACAAUUCCAAGGCUAAGACCCGCUUGGUAAUCCACACUGAUGCAAGUGUUGGCAUCGCAGCGAAGGACAUAGAUAUUGUGCUCAUCGGAGCGGAUCUGAUCGACAAAACAGCCGCGGUUAGCAACAAAGUCGGUUCUCUGCCUGCUGUUCUGACAGCCAAGUACGUGUCUCAAAAAGCCAAGAUUAUCGUUUUGUCAGAGAAAGAGAAGGUGCUCCCUUUUGCACCGCCAGGUCAGGAGGAAAACGAUGCAUGCGAGGUUAUGCAAGCUUGGGGAGACUUCAGCUCAGCUGUGAGGGAGGUUCCCCACUCUCUGGUCACUGUCAAAAACGUGUACUUCGAGUGGGUGUCACCCGAUUUGAUCGAUCACUACAUCACUGAGGACGGCGUCACGGGUCGUGCGGGAAUAUCGAACUAUGCCCAGGAAGUUGAGAAGAAGGCUGACCAAUAUUUUACCAAUCUCUGA